AUGAGCAGGAAUGAUGACGACGACGACAAAGACGGCGAUGAUGAUGAUGAUGAUGAUGAUGAUGAUGAUGACAAGGUAGGGGCAAUAACUACAACAAUUUCUAGUAAUGGAAGAUUGGCUGGGCUGAAUGACUCUUAUUAAUUAAUUUGUUUAAGACUCCACACUAGAAAGUCUUUCGCUUAAAUAUCGCAUUCAUUGUCAGAAUGUAUAUCUUUCCUUGCCGCAGAGGUUUUUCCCCAGCAUGGGCAGGAAUGACGACGACGACGACAAAGACGGCGAUGAUGAUGAUGAUGAUGAUGAUGACAAGGUAGGGGCAAAAACUACAACAAUUUCUAGUAAUGGAAGAUUGGUUGGGCUGAAUGACUAUUAUUAAUUAAUUUGUUUAAGACUCCACACUAGAAAGUCUUUCGCUUAAAUAUCGCAUUCAUUGUCAGAAUGUAUAUCUUUCCUUGCCGCAGAGGUUUUUCCCCAGCAUGAGCAGGAAUGAUGACGACGACGACAAAGACGGCGAUGAUGAUGAUGAUGAUGACAAGGAUGAUGACAAGGUAGUGGCAAUAAGUACAACAACUUCUCGUAAUGGAAGAUUGGUUGGGCUGAAUGACUAUUAUUGAUUAAUUUGUUUAAGACUGCGCAUUAGAAAGUCUUUCGAUUAAAUAUCGCAUUCAUUGUCAGAAUGUAUAUCUUUCCUUGCCGCAGAGGUUUUUCCCCAGCAUGAGCAGGAAUGAUGACGACGACGACAAAGACGGCGAUGAUGAUGAUGAUGAUGAUGAUGAUGAUGAUGACAAGGUAGGGGCAAUAACUACAACAAUUUCUAGUAAUGGAAGAUUGGCUGGGCUGAAUGACUCUUAUUAAUUAAUUUGUUUAAGACUCCACACUAGAAAGUCUUUCGCUUAAAUAUCGCAUUCAUUGUCAGAAUGUAUAUCUUUCCUUGCCGCAGAGGUUUUUCCCCAGCAUGGGCAGGAAUGACGACGACGACGACAAAGACGGCGAUGAUGAUGAUGAUGAUGAUGAUGACAAGGUAGGGGCAAAAACUACAACAAUUUCUAGUAAUGGAAGAUUGGUUGGGCUGAAUGACUAUUAUUAAUUAAUUUGUUUAAGACUCCACACUAGAAAGUCUUUCGCUUAAAUAUCGCAUUCAUUGUCAGAAUGUAUAUCUUUCCUUGCCGCAGAGGUUUUUCCCCAGCAUGAGCAGGAAUGAUGACGACGACGACAAAGACGGCGAUGAUGAUGAUGAUGAUGACAAGGAUGAUGACAAGGUAGGGGCAAUAACUACAACAAUUUCUAGUAAUGGAAGAUUGGUUGGGCUGAAUGACUCUUAUUAAUAGGACAACUGCACGAUGACGAUAUUUGACUACAACUACCAGAAUUCAUUUCGGUUUUGCUUUGUUAUUUAAAUUUGUCAAUGCCUCUGAGGAUUAAAUAACCUUAAUUUGCACUAGAAAACAACAAACUCAAGGAUUCUGGUAGUUGUAGUAAAAUGACGUCACCGUGCAAUUGUCCUAUUAAUUUGUUUAAGAUUGCGCAUUAGAAAGUCUUUCGAUUAAAUAUCGCAUUCAUUGUCAGAAUGUAUAUCUUUCCUUGCCGCAGAGGUUUUUCCCCAGGAUGAGCAGGAAUGACGACGACGACGACGACAAAGACGGCGAUGAUGAUGAUGAUGAUGAUGAUGACAAGGAU